AUGCGUAUGUACAUCGACUGUCGGCAACUGAACAAAUUGACUAUUAAGAAUAAGUACCCCCUAUCAAGGAUUGAUGAACUAUUCGACCAAUUUCGAGGAGCUUCGGUCUUCUCUAAGAUUGAUCUUCGAUCAGGGUAUCAUCAACUGAAGGUCAAGGAGACUGAUGUUUAUAAGACAACAUUUAGGACUCGUUAUAAUCAUUACGAGUUCCUCGCUAAUGUGGUAGAUGAUGCAUUGAGCUGUAGGGCUAUUACUAAUUUGAGGGUGAUGUUUGCUCGUCUCAGUUUAUUCGACGAUGGUACUUUAUUGGCUGAACAUCAAGUUAAACCGAGGUGGAUUGAACAGAUUAAGGGUAAACAGUUGAAGGAUGAGACACUAGGUUCUCGUUUCCGGCAGAUAGAGAAUGGGAAACUUCAGAUUUUGGGCUGA